CUUAAAAAAAUGGAUAACUUGGCACUGAAACCACAUGCUCAAAAUACUGGAUUCGUUAAUUUCGGUUCGUUACAACAAGUUCAUCAACUAUCAAUUUCUGUACGUUUGAAAGCCCAAUUACAGCUGCCGAUGGCUAAUAUAGAUAUCUUCUUCUGCAGAUAAUCAGCAUUCGAUUUCCCCCAAAAUGCCCAUUUUUUACAUAUUUAAACACAAAGAAAUCCAUCAAAUACAAUCCAACUCGCACUCGUUCUUCAAUCGCCAUGGCCAGUUCUCGUCCAAUAGAGAUUGAUUUCGAAUUCCUUCCAACGAAAACCAACGUUCCUUUCUCUUGGGAAGCCAAGCCCGGCGUUCCGAAGCCGCAAUCGCAACCAAGCCCUACCGCAAGCUUGUUCGAAAUCGAGGCAACUAUGUUGAAAUUGCCUUCGCCACCAUGCCGAUCGGAGAGUGCUAGACUUUCCGGCGACUACAGUGGGCUGAUUACCUAUUCUCCUCCACGUUGCAGGGCGGAGAGUGCGAGAAUGGCGAAGGAUUUUCUGUGGCUUGAAGCUUAUUCCGACGGCUCUGCAUCGUCUUUUGGAUUCGGGUGCUGUAAAUCGGAUGAUUCGAAGAAGACGGAUCCUUUUGUUGAAGCUUACAAGAAAUGUAGGAACAGCCGGUCGAUUAAUGGUGCUUCCGCCACAAAUGGUGCUAAACGUCCCAAUAUUAUAAGAAGAGUACUUUUUUCGCUAUCACGAUUUUGGUGCUGAUUGAAAUGGAGUGUUCGUAUAAUUGCAUUUUAUGGGUAUGCACUUUUUUUUUUUGUAAUAGAUGAAUAAGAGAUUGUUCGUGUUUGAAAGUUUCAGAAUUUAAUGUUCCAACCAUAUAAGCUAUUAUACAUUCAGUGAAGAUCAAUUAAUACA